AGCAGCCAGUGCUGCGGCGGCACUCGUCGCCUCCGCCUCCACCGACUCCUGAGGGAAGCCGCCCAGACACUCCGACCGGGAAGAUGGAAGAUGAUGACCCAAAGCAUGUCAUUCAGAUGACAGGAUUUAGGAUGGAAGAAAAGGAAGCUUUAGGCAAAUUGCUCUUAAAACUGAAUUGCACUUUUAUUAAUAGUGAGAAAUACAAAAAUUGUACACAUCUUAUAGCUGAACGCCUGUGCAGGAGUGAAAAAUUUUUAGCAGCUUGUGCAGCAGGAAAGUGGGUACUAACUAAGGAUUACAUAAUUCAUAGUGCCAAAAGUGGCAGAUGGCUUGAUGAAACAACUUACGAAUGGGGAUAUAAAAUUGAAAAAGACUCCCAUUAUUCACCUCAAAUGCAAUCUGCACCUAAAAGAUGGCGCGAAGAACUGAAACGCACUGGUGCUCCAGGAGCCUUUCACAGAUGGAAAGUUGUCCUCCUUGUUAGAGCUGAUAAACGAAGUGAUUCACUUGUAAGAGUUUUGGAGGCUGGGAAGGCGGAUGUUAUUUUGCCAAAAAGUUCACCAAUUGGAAUAACUCAUGUGAUUGCCAGUAAUUCAAGAAUCAAGGAUGAAAAAGAAAAAGAUAAAUUUCAGGCUCCAUUUUAUCCAAUUCAGUAUCUAGGAGAUUUUCUUUUAGAAAAGGAAAUGCAAAAUCAUGAUGAAGAUAUUAAUAUUAGUUCUGUUUUAACUGAAUGUCACAAGAAAGAAAAUUUCAGAGAUUCAAGUAAAGAUUUGAAAUUUGUUGCAAUGAAAAAUACCAUAGAGAGGCACACAUAUGGAAAUCAGAAAGAAGCUAAGGACACUUAUGAAGAUAACCAAAAGAGUUACACUUUGAGAAAAAAACACAAAAAAGAAAAAGAUUCCAGGAAAGACAUCGAAUGUAACAAAAUUAAAAAUACUAUAAGAAACUGCUUAUAUACAGAUCAGAAAGAAGCAAAGAACUCUGACUGUACCAAAAAAGUAAAAACUAAAGGUAUCAGGACUGAUGGAGAAAUAGUGGAAGUAAAAAAUACCUUAAAGAAGCACAUAUAUAAAGCUCAGGCUGUCAGAUACAACUGUAUUAAGAGAGACAAACAACCAGUGUACAAUGUAGAGGUUAAAAAUGCUGAAUUUCCCAGAGGCAUAUUACAUUUGAUCGAAAGCCUUAUAGAAGGACAGUUUUUCAAAGAAGCCAUUGAGGAACUUUCCUCUGUGCAAGCACAUUAUAUUCCCCCCGUGUGCCUUCUUCAUGCUCUUCUAGAGAACAUUCUGCAGGAUAACCUGGACACAUUUUCUGGUCGAUACUUCCAUAUACUGUCAGCUCUUCUUCAGCUACAUCCUCCAUGGAAGUCCUCAGCCAUGUCAAGAUAUUACUUAGAGCUGUUUCAGUGCCCAACUUGUAUGAAAGGAACAUGGUCUCUAGUAGAAGUGCUUAUCAGGUCUUGCCUUUUCAACGAAAAAUUUUGUCACCAAAUUUCAGAAAAUAUUAUUGACUCUAAGGUGUUCCACCUGACACUGCUUAAAUUUUUCUUUAAUUUAGUUGAAAGUGAAGUACAACAUCUUAGUCAAAAAUUAUUUGAAUGGUCAGAUUCUCAAAGUCUGACAAAUACAGGGAAAGCAAUUCUUCUUGAACUCUUUUGGUCAGGAAGUGAGACCUCUGCACUUUUAACCAAACCUGUAAAUAUGCUUUUGGAGUGGACUAUAUAUUCUCACAAGGAAAAGUACAAAUCUAAUGAUGUCUUCAAGCAUGAGCUAGCUUAUUUGUUGACUGGAAUUCUUGGAGCAGCAGUAGAUUAUUGGAUCUUCCUUGGCCUUAAGAUGGGUAGAAAUGUGAUGCGACACAUGUCUGAUGACUUAGGAAGUUACGUUUCCCUUUCAUGCGAUGACUUUUCUUCACAGGAAUUAGAAGUCUUCAUCUGUUCAUUUUCCUCCUCCUGGCUGCAAAUGUUUGUGGCAGAGGCGGUCUUCAAGAAGCUGUGCAUACAGAGCUCCAUCAGCAUUGCUUCUGAGCCCCUCUCGCUUCAGAAAAUGGUAUAUUCCUAUUUGCCAGCAUUGGGGAAAACUGGUAUGCAUGGAGUUGGAAAGAUGCAGGUACCAAGGAAAGUAGGACAGCGGCCUCGCAUUGAAUCUCCGAGGGCCUUGCUGAUGCUGAAUGGUGCUAUACAGAAACAAGUUGAAGGAGUGCCGGAGUUAGCAGAGCGGAAUCUUACUAAAUGUUCCUCAUCAUUAAAAAGAUUGAAAAAGAAGUCAGAAGGAGAAUUGUCAUAUUCUAAGGAGAAUUGCCCCUCUUUAGUUACAAAGAUGAAUUUUCACAAGACUAAUCUAAAAGGAGAAACAGCCCUGCAUAGAGCUUGCAUAAAUAACCAAGUGGAGAAAUUGAUUUUUCUUCUCUCUUUACCAGGAAUAGACAUCAAUGUUAAAGACAAUGCUGGCUGGACGCCUUUGCAUGAAGCUUGUAACUAUGGCAACACAGUGUGUGUCCAGGAAAUUUUGCAACGUUGUCCAGAGGUAGAUCUGCUCACUCAAGUGGACGGGGUGACUCCUUUGCAUGAUGCACUGUCAAACGGACAUGUAGAAAUUGGCAAGCUGCUGCUCCAGCAUGGGGGCCCAGUGCUUUUGCAGCAGAGAAACGCAAUGGGGGAGUUACCCUUGGAUUAUGUGGCAUCGCCUCAAAUCAAGGAGGAGCUCUUUGCUGUUACAAAAAUAGAAGACACCGUGGAGAACUUUCAUGCCCAAACAGAAAAACACUUUCACCACCAGCAACUUGAGUUUGGCUCCUUUUUGCUUAGUAGAAUGCUGCUAAACUUUUGUUCCAUUUUUGAUUUGUCUUCAGAGUUCUUCUUAGCUUUCAAAGGGUUAACUCGUCUCAACGAACUGCUUGUAGCCUGUCAGAGUUAUAAGGAAACCACCAGUGCUCACACUGACUGGUUAUUGGACCUUUAUAGUAGAAAUAUAAAGACAUUGCAGAAGCUCCCCAGUGUUCUUAAGGAACUGCCUGAGAAUUUGAAAGUGUGCCCUGGAGUGCACACUGAGGCCUUACUGGUGACAUUGGAAAUGAUGUGUCGAUCAGUCACAGAGUGUUCAUGAAAAAGCCCCAGAAAUGAGUGCACUUUCUAAACCUGCUCAACUUGAUGUGUCACUUAUUAAGGACUUAAUAGCUUAACAAGCAUGACUUUCUUGUAUUGAUAGACAGUUUCGGAAACCAUGCGAAGUUCGAAAAACCCUUAAAAGAAUGUUGGUAGAACUGCAGCAUGGGGCCUCUGACUUUUUCCAGUGUGUAAAAUUUGAUUCAAAGUAAACAAUGGAUUUGUAUAAGAUGUUCUGCUUUCGUGAAUGUUUAAUUUUCUCUGUUUUUAAAGUGAUAUUUAUUUGUAUUAUACAUGUAAAUCUUUUUUUAAAGAAAUUUAAGUACCCCCCCCACACACACACACACACACAAAAAAGAAAGAAACGCCAGUGUCCUCUCUCCUAAGGUCUAAGUCAUAGAAUCAUGCCAAGGCUAUCCAUGCAGAUGUGCACCUUUUAAACAUGAAGUUACCAUUUCUCUGGUCUACAGCUAUUGGACUAAAUACUCGUUUUAGUUUUGUGUGUUCCUAAAAUAAAUGUUUCUAAAAUUUACAAUAAUAA